AUGCGGAGUCUUCAGGUACAGCUUACCCGUAUUCAUUCAGCCGCUUGUUCCCUGAACUGGCUUGUAGAUACCGAGCUUCCCACAGAUCCUCAUGAAAGAUGUUCACUGGUGGGGUGGGGGUGGGGGUGUGGGUGCCCGGGUGCGUGGGUGCGUGCGCGUGCUUCUGUACGUUGUUCGCGUGCGUGCUUGGCGCGUGUGCGCGUGUACGCGUGCGGGUGCUUCCUUUUGACCGAAGCAACAACCAAGGAACGAGCCCCUCCGGGACGCCACGUCGAUGGUUUGGUGGACCAGCAGUGGUGGCGCGACCAUGUUGCAGCUGCAGAUGAUGAUGCCGCAGCUACUGCAUUUGAUUUGUUUGCCACCGAUCCGGCGGGCUGUCAGGUCAAUUUGUACGAGGUGUUGACGUGUGCGGCCAUGCUUUCUCCGAACUUGCGACGGGAAGCCAAGGCGGCCAUACUCUGCUUGAUUUGGAGCGGUCGCGAAGAUGGUCGGCUCGGGGUGUCUGCUGUCGUGGGGCUGUUGAGCUCACUUCUGCAAGGCCUCCACCGCCUGGGCGUUUUAGUGCCGUCUCCGCCGCCUUCCGAGGACAUUGAAAACGAUGUGUGCCGAUUAUUAUGGGUGCUGCGAAAGCAUCAGCCAUGCCGGGGUGAUGCAAUCGCUUACGAGGAGCUACUGUUAGUGGCCGACUUGGACGCAGGUUUCGUGAAUGCCCCAGGGAACAAGUGGUUGUCAGUGGUUGUGCUACAUGCGUAG